AUGGAUAGUUUUGCAACCACCAUUGGGACAACCAAAGGUUUCAGGGCUUCCAGGUUUGGAUGGUACUUUGAGUCAUGCCAUGCCUGCAAAUUAUCUAACAAGUCCCUCGGCGAGAAGUUUGAAUGUGCCUGUGGAGUUACUGAUGUAGAACCUGUCAUUAAAUUCAAACUUGAAAUGGAGGUGGAAUAUGAUGACCACGAAGAAACCUUUGUUUUUGGGAUAAGGAUUGCUGGAGAGGACAACCCUAAAAUUUGGCCUGCUCACCUUGAUGUUUUGUUGAAUAAAGAAAUGGUAUUCCGUAUCAAGUAUCAAUUAUCCUAUGAACAAUUCUCUAUCGUCGCAAUACUUAACGAGGACAAACUUUACCAAAAUUUUGAUAACUACCUCACUCCUAAUGAGCAAACAUCAAAUGUUGCUGUCUUGGAAAUUUCCACCGCUGCUCCAACCGUUCAUACAACCCAAAUGAUUAAGAACGUAGUCGCUUCGAAGAACGGAGAAGAGAAAAAAUACUUUAGUAGUGAUUGCAUAUAUAAGUCUAAUGCUACUAACUUUGAUGCAUAUGAGCACGUCACUCCCGAGUUCCUAAAUGCUCUUAAAACUUUGGGAUUGCCUAAUCAUUCAAUCAGGUUGAAAGUUAGGGCCACUAUAAUGUUAAUGCGCAAUCUAGAUCAGUCUGAAGGCUUGUGCAAUGGUACACGGCUCACUGUUACAAGGCUUGCUGCUCAUGUCAUUGAAGCUAAGAUCAUUUAUGGAAAAAAUAUUGGGAACACAAUUUAUAUUCCUAGAAUGUCUUUGUCCCCCUCACAGUCACCGUGGCCAUUUAAAUUGGUGAGGCGCCAAUUUCCAAUUAUUAUUUUCUUCGCCAUGACAAUUAACAAGUCUCAAGGGCAAUCUCUAGACCAAGUUGGUUUGUAUUUGCCAAAAGAACUUUUUAGUCAUGGUCAAUUAUAUGAAGCUCUCUAG